AUGACAGGGAGAAUCAUGGACGCCAACAAACACAGGUGCGGCGAUGACAGUGGGAAUCUAGGACGCCAACCAACACGUUGCAAUGAUGACAGGGAGAAUCUAGGACGCCAACCAACACGGGUGUGGCGAUGCCAGGGGAGAAUCUUGGACGCCAACCAAUACGGAGGUGGCGAUGACAAGGAGAAUUUUGGACAACAACCAACACGGGUGAUGACAAUGGCCCGCGACAGCCAGUGUUGUCCGAAGUGUUAUAAAAUCAUCCACUCGAGAACACUGUAUCCCACAUGCGUCGCAUCAGCGACUGAGGGGCCCAUGGGGCAUGGGAGGGAACCACUUGGUACUACAGACAAUGGACAUGAUGAACGAGGCACACGGACCCUUGCUCCUUCACAAAGACAUGACCCUAAAGCACACGCCAACUUCAUUCGUGCCUGCAGGAAGGGGGACCUUGCCCAGGUUAAACGCAUCUUGUCUGAGAGUGCAGUGAACAUCAACAAUUUUAAAUCCUGGGAAAAGCCACCAGUGAUGCUAGCGGCAAGGUGGGGACGGAGAGAAGUUGUUGAGUUCCUUGUGGAUAAAGGUGCUGAUUUGUCACUAGUAGACAAUUUGGGUAACACCAUCCUUCACUGCGCCUGUAUAGGGGGAAAUGUAGAGAUUGUGAAGUAUCUUCUCUCACAGGCCAUGUUAGACAUCAACGGUGUGGGAUUUCACGACAAAACACCAUUGGCGUUUGCAGCAGGCUGUAAGCAUAUUGAUGUGGUGGAGUUACUUGUGAAAGAAGGAGCUGAUGUGACACGAGUGGACGAUUUAGGUAACAACGUCCUCCACUGCGCCUGUAUUGGGGGAGACGUGAAAACUGUGAAAUAUGUUCUGUCACAUGGUCUAACAGACAUUAAUGCCAGGAACAAAAUCGGGAAGACUGCAGCCGAUCUAGCUAGAGACAAAGGCUAUACAGAAGUGUGUGAUCUUCUGGCUUCAAAUGGCGCUUUUUAAAAGUGAAAUGUGCCCCUGAAGGAAGAAUCAUACAUUGUUAUGUGUUGUGUACAACACAUGACAUAGUCUUUAAGUACUUCGGCAGAAUUCUGUAUU